UCAACGAAUGAAAGGAGUAGUGUUUUUGGGGAAGCCUGCCCCUUUUAUAAAUCGUGCAGACGUCCACGCGUCAAAUCCGGAGUCCCACUGGAGACGCACUGAAAAACUGGAGAAACUCCACUCCCCCCGGCAGCUCCAUACCUAUAACUUCACAGCUGAUCGUUCUCCUACAGACCUGGGGAGAAUCACACAGUCCACACAGCGCACCACUCCGCUACCUCAGGGCGAAUUACUCGUCUAAAAAAAGGGACCAGAGCAUCGACGUUCACCUUCAUUUGUCUCGCUUCUAUCUAACUUCUUGAAAAAUCUCCACACAAUCUGAAGAGAAAGCCCCACCUCACAGGAACUAUUCGCAUCAUACACCCUCACUGGCUCUGAAAUGAGGAGCUCAGUGUGGUGGCAGAAGUGGGAUGCAGCAGUGUUGCUGUUCAUGGGCGUGUGGAUUCCCACCUGCCUGGCCCAGGCCACACCCUCCCCAAAGCAGCAGGGUGAGAAACUGAAGUUUCGUUUAGCAGGCUACCCCCGUAAGCACAACGAGGGACGCGUGGAGAUAUUCUACAAGGGCGAGUGGGGCACCAUCUGCGAUGAUGACUUCACCCUGGAGAACGCUCGUGUGCUGUGUCGCCACAUGGGCUUCGUUGGUGCCACGGCUUGGUCCCACAGUGCCAAGUAUGGCCCAGGAACAGGGAAGAUCUGGCUGGAUAAUGUGCAGUGCAGUGGUUCUGAGAAGAGCAUCGAGUUCUGCAGGUCUCGAGGUUGGGGCAACAGUGACUGCACCCACGACGAGGACGCUGGGGUCAUCUGCAAGGACGAGAGGCUGCCAGGCUUUGUGGACUCCAACAUCAUAGAGAUGCAAGUUGAUGACAACCGACUGGAGGAGAUCCGGCUCCGCCCCUUGGUGGAUGGGACAGCAAAGAGGAUGCCCAUUACAGAGGGCAUUGUGGAGGUGAAGUACAAGGAUGGUUGGGCACAGAUCUGCAACCUGGGAUGGUCCCCCAAAAAUUCUCGGGUCAUCUGUGGCAUGAUGGGGUUCCCCCAUGAAAGGAAAGUCAACAAGAAUCUAUACAAGAUGUACGUGGACCAGCAGCAAGAAAGGUACCGCAUACACUCAGUGGCCUGCACAGGGAACGAGGUGCACCUGUCCAUCUGCCCCAUGGAGUUUGCCAAGGCCAACACCAGCGUCCCCUGUGAGGGGGGUGGACCCGCCAUGGUCAGCUGCGUCCCAGGACCACAGUUCGCACAGGUCAACGGGAAGAGGAAAAGGCCCAAGAUCACGGCUAUGGUGAGACUGAAGGGGGGGUGGAGGUUGGGGGAGGGGCGCGUGGAGGUGCUGAAGAACAAUGAGUGGGGGACGGUGUGUGAUGACCGCUGGAACCUGCAGUCCGCCAGCGUGGUGUGCCGGGAGCUGGGCUUUGGCAGCGCGAAGGAGGCCCUGACGGGGGCGCGCAUGGGCCAGGGAAUGGGUCCCAUCCACAUGAAUGAGGUUCAGUGUUUGGGUCAGGAGAAAUCCCUGUGGAAUUGCCCCUUCAAGAACAUCACAUCUGAGAACUGUCAGCAUGUCGAGGAUGCCUCCGUCAGGUGCAACGUGCCUUACAUGGGCUUUGAAAAAAUGAUCCGUCUCACGGGGGGGCGCACGCGCUUUGAGGGGCGCGUGGAGCAGCUAAUCUCGGAGGGGAACGGGACGGACGGCUGGGGGGUGAUCUGUGGAGAGGGCUGGACCACACGGGAGGCCAUGGUGGUCUGCCGGCAGCUGGGGCUGGGAUACGCUAAAAGCGGCUUGCGAAUCCGGAUCGUGGGCGGACGGACAGAUUAUGAGGGUCGGGUGGAGGUGAAGGUGGGGACCGGGUGGGGCAUGGUGUGCAGUGACGGCUGGACCACGCAGGAAGCCAUGGUGGCCUGCAGACAGCUGGGGCUGGGCUACUCCCUGCAUGCUGUCACUGAAACAUGGUACUGGGACAGUAGCAACGUGACGGACAUGGUGAUGAGUGGGGUCAAGUGCACAGGGGACGAGAUGACACUUAACGACUGCCAGCGCCACAAGGUCGUUAGCUGCCAGAAGGCGGGAACGCGCUUUGCAGCAGGGGUCAUCUGCUCUGAGACUGCCUCUGACCUGAUCCUGCACGCCCCGCUGGUGGAACAGACAGUCUACAUCGAGGACCGGCCCCUGCACAUGCUGUACUGCGCAGCCGAGGAGGACUGCCUCUCCAAGUCAGCCGCCAAGGCCAACUGGCCCUACGGCCACCGCCGCCUGCUGCGCUUCUCCUCCCAGAUCCACAAUAUCGGUCGCGCUGACUUCCGCCCCAAGGCGGGCCGCCACUCCUGGGUGUGGCAUGAGUGCCAUAGGCAUUAUCACAGCAUGAACAUAUUUACUCACUAUGAUCUGCUGUCCAUCAACGGCAGCAAGGUGGCAGAUGGCCACAAAGCCAGCUUCUGCCUGGAGGACACAGACUGCCAGGAAGGGGUAUCAAAACGCUACGAGUGUGCCAACUUCGGUGAGCAGGGCAUCACUGUUGGCUGCUGGGACCUGUACCGCCAUGACAUCGACUGUCAGUGGAUCGACAUCACUGAUGUCAAACCUGGAAACUAUAUCUUACAGGUGGUGAUAAAUCCAAACUAUGAGGUCGCAGAGAGUGACUUCACCAACAACGCCAUGAAGUGCAAUUGCAAAUACGAUGGCCAUCGGAUUUGGCUGCACAAAUGCCAUCUUGGUGAUGCAUUCAGUGAAGAGGCAGAGAAGAAGUUUGAAAAGUAUCCCGGACAGCUAAAUAACCAGAUCUCCUAACUGCACCUGACAUUGCAUUGUGGUGGAGUCUCUCUGUAUGGCUUUAGACUCAAUGGAGCUGGCUUUCAAGGCACAAAUGUGUAGUUCUUGUAUAUGUGUGUUACAUGUGUCCCUGUGUGUGUGCAUGUGUGUGUGUGUGUGUGUGUGUGUGUGUGUGUGUGCCUGUGUGUUUAUAUCUGUGCCAUGGCCAAACUCUUGUUAAUCUAGCUAUUUGAACAUCACACCAGAACCAAGACCAACAGCCAUCCAGAAGCUCAGACAAAGAGAAAUGGAAUGAACUCAGUAUAUACUUUAGUCUAGUAAAUUCGGCCCUUUACAAGAGAACAAUUACUUUACAGUACAUGGGUCAGAUGUCGUAUUAUAUUUGAAUAUUUUAUGACCCUUUCAUAUUGAAACAUUUUAAAAGUAUUUCUCUUUUUUUUACAU